UUGAACGAGGUUUGAGCGUUAAUUUCUAAUCUCGUACAGAUAACCUAAAUUUAUCAGCGCCAAUUCCUUUGAGUAACGGAACAGGAUGCACCAGAUAUAAGAAGCCGGGAAAGUAGUAGCAUUUGUCUAUCGUUCAGUCUCGAUCCGAGAUGUCAACCCUCACAAUCCCGAAGCUUGCAGAUGAACUCUUCUUGCGACCCAUCGUAAUAUCGAUGAACAGCUUGGCCCUGUCGGCCCUUAUGUCCUAUGUCAUGUCCGCCAACGCAGGUAUCGACUGGAGAUCGAUAACCAUCUGUGUUACAUCGGAUAUCCUUGCCAUGGGUGCUGAUCAUCUCAAAGAUAAAGAGGAGGAGUUUUCGUCAGACCGCAAUAACGCAAACGAUCCACGCCUUGCCUCUUGGUUUUUGUAUGCACGGACCUUCCUCAUUGCUAGCGCUGUGCUCCUUGCAUUUGCACUAUCUCAGUGUCCAAUUUCGACGCUCCUCACCACGGCAACAUUCGUUGCUCCUGCUUUGCUUUGGACCACUCCGAUCAGCUUCAAUAAGUUUUGGCUAAUCUCGAGGCGCCUCCUCGGGAGGUUUAGCAGAGACAGGCAGCAGCCUUCUACCUCUGCGCCUGUCCUGGUCAUCAAACGCAUUCCUGGCAUGAAAGCCAUUUUUAAUGGCAUCAUUCGAGGAUGUGGCAUCUACGCUGUGGUCUUCUCCGUGUUGUCAGGGUCAGGCAAUCUGACUAACACGCUACCGUCUCCAUGGAGCGUUGUUCAGCUGUUAGUCUGGUCGACCGUCAACCGCUCAUGCCACGCAAUCAUGACGGAUGUCCGUGACUUCGAAGACGAUAUGAAGGCUGGUGUUCCCACCAUACCCGUCCUUCUCGGUUCUAUACUCAGAACGAAGGUCAUACUAACGGCAUGUCAUAUGCUGGUUAUGUUGGCCUUCAUCGAAAACACGUACAUCAUGGGAAGCUGUCUAUUUGCCGCAGCUCUGGUGUGGAUACUCUGCGAAGACUCGCCAAAAAAGGCGUUUUUGUUCAGCUCUCAUUCGCAGUCGUUGUUUAUUAUCUGGUAUUUGUUGACGAGGCAUAUUUAGCUCCUAUCGGCAGACAAAUAUUAAUAACUUAAAGUACGUUAGUAACAUUUCUAGAUUGCAAAGUGCUGGCUAUGGAAGGAU